GCGAAAGAGGGAUUCGAGCCGAAGGAGGGCGAUGGCGAGGGAACGGCGAGAGAUCCCACCUUGCUCCAAAACCUACGGCUUCCCCAUCUACAGCGCCGCCUGGGUCCCCCUCGACCGGAUAUCCUCCGCCGCCGCCGCCGCCGUGGCGGCGGAGGGGGAGGAAGCCAAGGUGGAGGAGGCAGAGGAGGAGAAGGAAGACAAGGGCAAGCAGGAAGGAGGGGAAGGAAGCGAGGAAGAACCUUGUUCGUCGUCUCAGAAAGGGGAUCGGCUUCUGGUGGCGCUGGGAGGAGGCGGGGGCGAAGGCCGGAGCGGAGUUCCCAAUGCCGUCGUCGUCUCCGAGUUCGAUCUCGCGUCCCGAUCGCUCUCCGAUCAGCCAGUGUUUAGGAUGGGAACGGAUGCUGAAGUGCCUUAUAGGAUGGCUGUGCACCCAGAGGGAGAUGGGAUUCUUUGCUCAUUUCCGAAGGGUUGCAGGUGGUUUGCAUGGGAUUUUCCGGAGAGCAAGGAAUCCCAUAAAUUGGCUCUUAAAUCCUCUGGAAAGAAAUUGGCACAGUUGGAAGAUGUUGGACUGCAGUUAGCAUUAGCUUUUAAUACAGAAGGUUUGAUGCUUGCAACUGGUGGGGAGGAUGGGCAUUUGAGGGUCUUCAAGUGGCCAAGUAUGGAAAGUGUUCUUGAUCAAACUGAUGCUCAUACAACUGUGAAGGAUUUGCAUUUCAGCCUUGAUGGAAAGUUUCUUGUGUCAUUGGGAAGUAGUGGACCUUGCAGGGUUUGGGAUCUGACAUCAUCAACAGCUAUAGCCAGUCUGCCAAGGGAAGAUGGUGAAGUUUUUGGCUUCUGCAGGUUUUCUCAAAGCACUGAUAAUAAUCAGAUACUAUUUGUUACUGCAAUGCAUGGUGACCGGGGAAAGAUAGUGUCUUGGAAUACUCUUUCAUGGAAGAGAGUUGGGUCAAAGAAGGUAGUCCGUGACCCAAUUUCUGCAUUCAAUGUAGCAACUGAUGGUAAACUCCUUGCAAUUGGGACAGUAGAAGGAAACAUCAUAAUCCUAAAUUCAGAUAUGCAGGUGCAAACCAUGGUUAAAAAAGCACACCUUGGCCUUGUUACUGCAUUAGUGUUCUCCCAGGAUUCAAGGGCCUUGAUGUCUGCAUCCUUUGAUUCAAGUGCACGAGUGACACUUAUUGAAAGCAGAAAGAGUAAUGGGUUGAGCAUGUUGCUCAUUGUCUUUGUUGCUGUACUGGCAAUUCUGGUUUAUUUCAUGAAGUGGAAGGGGGUCCUUUGAGAAAUUCUGGCAUACGUGAAAGGAAGAUUUUGAAUUCAAAUUAUUCUGGGGUAGGAGUGAGCUAGAAAGAUCUGAUCCUGUACCAGCCAAAAAAAAUAAACUUUUAUACGAUGCGUGGAUAUUGUUGUCGAAGAAAGAAAAGGAAUUUUUGGGGUUCGUUGCAUUAUGUAAACAGCCUGGAUAUUUCAUCAUGUUUAGGAGUGUUUCUGCUCAUCUUUGUCGUUCUUUGGCAAUGGCCCGCGUUUUACCUGUUCCACACCAUCAGAAAUUCUUAUUUGAGACUGAAGUUAGUAUUUUCAAUAUUUGUGAAGAAAUUAUUAACAAGGGUAUAUUA